AUGAAGGCAAAGUUAGCAACGUUUAAAUUGUAUUUGCAUGACCAUGUGAGUGGCAAGAACCCAACUGCAGUUGUAGUGGCCUGAGCCAACUUCACUUAAGACCCCACCCCUUUCGGGACAAUCGUCGUGAUCGACGAUCCGUUGACAGUUGGGCCCGAGCCCCACUCUGCGGUCAUGGCCCGGGACCAGGGAAUUUAUCUAUCGGGUGGGCUGGAGGAAUUUUCUCUAAAUAUGAACUUCAACUUUGUCUUCACGAGCGAGGAGUACAAGCCACAAGGCACUCUUAGCCUCUUGGGGCAGAACCCGGUCUUCCAUCCGUAUCGUGAAUUGUCCAUUGUCGAAGGGACCGGUGUUUUUCGACUUGCACGAGGAAUCGUCACCAUGAAAACGUACCAGUUCAAUGCCACCUCCCAUGAUGCUACCCUAGAGUAUUAUUUUGCUACCCUUCACUAUUGA